CAGCCAAUCACAAUGGCGUUUCGUUUGCCGGCAACGAAUGGGAAACGAGGAAAUUAUUUUACGUCAGUGGGUGUGAUCCCACAGGAGGAAGUGUCACCAAGCAGCAAAACAAAGUUUUAAGGGAAUGGCAGACAAAACUAUGGAUUGUGGGUCAUGGACAGGAUGUGCAGUUCUGUUUCUGCAGUCGCUCUGUCCCAGUGUGAACUUGCUCUCACUCUACAAAGACGACCAGGGAAAAUUCAUUAUUUUCAAAGUCAUCAAGCUGACUUUUAUAGAUUCUGCAGGAGGUCUGGGUGGUUAUGAGAUACUAAAAGUCCAUGAUGCUGAUCCCCUACUGGGAGUGGAAGUGAAGUUUUUGGACGUGGCAGCAUGUCAGCAGUUCCUCGAGAGCUACAGGUCCGGCGCGGUACAUCAGUCACUCUCCCAGCAUGCUUGCCGGCUUCUUGCUCUCCCCCAAGAGCUCAGAUUGGAAACCCAGCUCAAGGCCAGCAUACACAUUUUGGAUCUUUGUCUGGACAAUCUGAUACUUUGUCUUCAGCAAAUUCACCUCUCACAGCCAGAGCGCCUGCGUGAUGAUGAGAUUACCCAUCUAGAGCAGCAGCUGCGGUCUCAAGCACUCGGCACCAGCAAUCAAUCCAGUCCAAUCAUGCAGGAAGAGUCUCAUGUGCCAAGCAACUGCUUCAAGUUCCAGAAUAGGGUCUUUGAGGACCGAAUGCUGACAGCCAUGGAUGUUCAGAGCUUUUCUAACGGAGUGGGCCGUCAGUGGAAGAACGUAGGCAGGGUGCUGGCAAAGAGCUGCCGGGCUCUGAACGGUCUCACCAUAGACAACUUGGCCUACGAGUACGAGAGAGAAGGGCUGUACGAGCAGUCCUAUCAGCUGCUGAGCCGCUUCAUGCAAGCAGAGGGAAGGGCAGCCAAGCUGAGCCGGCUGAUCAGAGCACUGGAGGACUGCAAACUCACCAGCUUGGCUGAAAUUAUUCUGGACGUGCAGCCAUAAGAGUAACAU